GACACUGCUUUGUUCACCAGUAGGGGAGGGGGAGCUCAGUGGCUUUGCCUUGAAUCGGUGAAUACAAUCUGCUGUAGGGCGGGCAACCCGUCUUAUCUUCAUCUGUCUGUGUUGUAACGUGUAUCUUCCACAUAUAUCUGUCUUUCCUGGUCUCCGAGGAUUUCUAUCAAGGGGAUGUCAAAGCGAGUCCGAAGCAGAGAGGUCUGCGCUGAUUGCAGUGCUCCGGAGCCACGCUGGGCCUCUGUUAACAGGGGUGUGUUGAUCUGCGAUGAGUGCUGCAGCAUCCAUCGAGGUCUGGGGCGACACAGCUCUCAAGUCCGACAUCUGACUCACUCUCCAUGGCCACCCUCCCAGUUACAGAUGGUCCAGACACUGUAUGGGAAUGGAGCUAAUUCCAUAUGGGAGCAUAGCCUCCUGGACCCUUCCUCUUCUGUGAGUGGGAAGCGCAAAACCAACCCCCAGGACAGAGUUCAUCCCAACAAGACAGAGUUCAUCAAAGCCAAAUAUCAGAUGUUGGUGUACGUCCAUCGGAUGCCUUGUCGGGAGGAUGACAGUGUUACCGCAAAAGACCUCAGCAAGCAACUCCACUCCAGUGUUCGGACUGGAAACCUGGAGACAUGCCUAAGACUCUUAUCUUUGGGCGCACAGGCCAACUUCUUCCAUCCAGAGAAAGGAAACACUCCACUACACAUAGCAGCAAAGGCGGGACAAAUGUUACAAGCAGAACUGUUGGCAGUUUAUGGAGCCGAUCCCGGGGCUCUGGACUCCAGCGGAAAGACCCCCAUCGAUUAUGCAAGACAAGCCGGGCAUCAGGAGCUGGCAGAGAGGCUAGUGGAGAUACAGUAUGAACUAACUGACCGCUUAACAUUUUACCUUUGUGGAAGAAGACCAGAUCACAGAAAUGGGCAACACUUCAUCAUUCCACAGAUGGCAGACAGAAAUAACAGCCUGGAUUUGUCAGAGUUUGCAAAAGCUGCAAAGAAGAAGCUCCAGUCGCUAAGUAACCAUCAGUUUGAAGAACUUGCCAUGGAUGUUUACGAUGAAGUUGACAGAAGAGAAACCGAUGCAGUGUGGUUGGCCACUCAGAACCACAGCACACUCGUAACGGACACCACAGUUGUGCCUUUUCUGCCCGUCAAUCCAGAGUACUCAUCCACCAGAAACCAGGGUCGUCAAAAGUUGGCACGGUUUAGUGCUCAUGAAUUUGCCACCCUGGUUAUUGACAUUCUAACUGAUGCUAAACGACGGCAGUGGGGUAAUUCCUGCGACAGUCCCAAAGAGAGCGUGGAGCUAAUCCUUCAGGGAAUAGACAGUCGCCAUAACAGUGACAGCCAGGACAAUGACCAGCCCGAUUAUGACAGUGUGGCAUCAGAUGAAGAUCCGGUGCAAGAGGCCACCUGUGGAGACAGCUGCAAUGAUGGAAGGACCAAGAGCUCAGAGUCAUCUGACCUCUCUGACGGACCAAUCACUGUACAGGAAUUCAUGGAGGUGAAGAGUGCCCUCACUGCAUCAGAAGCCAAAAUACAACAGCUUCUUAAAGUCAACUGUCACCUCAGUGACGAGCUGCGUAGCAUGCAGAGCAAGCUCAACUCCCUGCAGACUGAAAACACAACACUGCGGUGGCAACCCCCCAGCGGACAACAACACCUCCAGGGGCCCUUUGGUCGACACCCACCACGCGGAGGUCGAGCCAUAUCCAUGUAUGAGACCGGCUCCUCUCCGAAGCAGUACCCCCACCGAGCGGAAACGGCUCGGCAUGAUGAUGGAGUCAUUUUACAACCCUUCCCGACCAAUAUUGGGAGGGGUCCUUUGGGGACGGCUGCUUCCUCCCUCCCUACCUUCCCCUCUUCCCUGUCCUGGUCGUGGGAUGAGCGAUCUCGAAGGGGCUGCAGUCUGGAAGGACAGAGUAUCAUGCUUGAGAAUGAUUACGACUCUACGCCCAAUCACUCUGAGCUGGAGGAGGCUGGCAGCCCUCUUCCAGCCUCUGGGGAAUCAGGGGAGCCAGGGGAAGAGGUUGAGGAAGAUGCCACCCUGCCAUGCACAGAGGACGUCAUCUGUAAGACGGAACAAAUCACUAAGAACAUACAGGAGCUCUUGAGAGCUGCCCAGGAGACCAAACACGAAAGCUUCCUGCCUUGUUCAGAAAAGAUCUGCAUGGCUGUGAAAGAGAUGGCCGCCCUGUUUCCCAGGAGGCCGUCCUCGGAGACCGUGCGAGGGUCUCUGUAUCUGCUCACUUCCAGCGCCAGCCGGCUCCACGGAGAGUGCCAGAAGGCCGCAGAGCACAACCCCUGCCCGUCGGACAUCCAGCUGGUCACUCAGCAGGUCAUCCAGUGCGCAUAUGACAUUGCCAAAGCUGCCAAGCAACUUGUCACUGUGACAACCAAAGAAAACAACAACUAACUAAAAACCCAAAGACAUUCCUGAUACAGUACACCCAAAAUAGUUUAUCAGUAACGUUGCUAAUUUCAAUUUAAUCAGUGUUAACACAAUUUUUUCCCAUAUUAAUCAGCGUAAACACUCAAAUACAUUCCUUUUAAAAAAUGAAAAAGCAAAAUUACAGAUCAAUCAAAACAUUUAUUUAUUUUGUAUCAUGGUAAUACAGAGUAAACAAACAUCUUUAAAACUUUAGGACAGAAUAUGUUCCUUACCUUACAAAGCGAUAAAUCCACACAAAAUCCAAAAGUGCAAUGUUGUGUAUAUAUAAAACAAUUAGAACAACAAGCAGUUGAGCUUUCUGCAUUGCACUUGUCCCCAUAGAGGUCAUCAUUUGUGCUCCUUGAGGUCGGGUGUCUGGCAUGGCUGAGCUGCCAGAGGGGGACAAAAGUCUGCAAGACACCUGGCAUCAAGGGUCAGAAUAGAUUAACCUUAAAUCUACACCAAGUUUGUUUUCCUUUAGCCAUUUCAAAUGUUUUUUUAAGAUGCAAUGACUAUUUUAAUCUUGAACCAUUGUGAUGCCACUUGCUUAGAGUUCAAACGUUUGUCUAGUGAGCAAACUGUGAUUAUAAAAGUAGCUUCAGUGCAUUGCGCACCACGUAAGGCCAGCAGUACCGAGAGUGUGCAAACCUUCAUUCCAUCCAGCAGGUGAUUUCACUGUGCCGUAAAGUAUCGGUAGUUUUUUGGAGUUAUAAUGUUACAGCCAUACUUCUGAUAGUGUGUGUGCGUGCGUGCAUGGGUGUGUGUCUGUGUGUGUGUGUGUGUGUGUGUGUGUGUGUGUGGGUGCAGUUGUCAGAGAUGGCCUCGAGGGCCCGUGUGAAAUCCAUUUCAAAAUCAAUUUUAAUAGCAUUAUGCAAAUAUAUAAGAUGUAUGUAUCCAUGUAAUUCUUUAUCAAAAUAACCCAAAUGCUACUCUAUUUAUAAACUGUAUGUCAUACCUCUAAGAAAAUAUCAAUGUUUAUUUUCAUAAGCUUUUGUUUAACAUGAUGAGCUCCUCACAGACUAACUUUUGUUCUGAGGUUUGGGACGUCUCAGCUGGCAGUAAGUUAUGGGCAACUUGUGAUCUCUGUUUAUUCGGUGUGCUGCUGUAACUCCAGUGUGUGUUAGAUGCUACCUGCGGUCACAUGCGUACAGCUGUGGUUUACAAUCACUGAUAAAGUAGAUGUACCCUCAGUACCUGUUGU